GGUGGUCAUGGCCUAUCUUUCGAACUUUAACGCCGAGACGGGCAAAACGAUCCUCGUGGACAUUCUGAAAACGGUGACCCUGCCGGAAAACUCAAAGAAACUCGGCGAAGCGAAAGCCAACUCGGGUAAGGAGAUGAUCAAAAUGAUGCAGCUCGUUUUUCCGCUGGUGAUGCAAAUCCAGAUCAGCGUGAUCAAGGACUACGGAUUUCCGGGCAGCCGCGAAGGGCUCGUGCAGUUUGAGCAAAUCAUACGAGAGUUCGAGCGCGAGGAUGUGGAAAUUGCACGUUUGCGGGCUCAGAUCCGCUCGAUCUAUCUACCUCCGAUCAACAUCAACAGUACGAACGAUAUACUGAUCUAGGAAAGACGGACCUCUUGGUGGCCAACAAAAAAUUGCGGCGUUAUGCGGGCGUGAUUUUGCAUUUUAAGUAAGACUGAACCCUAAGUUACACAAAUAGAUAAAGCCAUUUAAAGGAUUCAAUCGAAAACGCCGGCCAAAUACAUCACGAGCAACAACAAUGCACUGCCCCCUGUGUCUCUCCGGCUGUAGAUAGGGCUUGGGAGUGAAAGUAGUCAUGCUUUAGGGCUAGAAGAAGGGAAACAAUUGGACAAACGUAUUGUGUAGUAUUAAAACUCUUUUACUGUUUCAUCUGCUUUUACCAUACUCUAUAAGCCUCUCGCGUGGAAGCUUCAGAAUUAUACAAUAGAACUUAUUUACAUUAUAAUUGCAAAUUAAUAAAUUGAAUGUAGUCUAC